AUGUCUGCCACUGAUACUAGUUCUGAUAAUAAAUCAAAUUCUACCAUGAAUAUCAUCUAUAUAGAGUUCAAACCUUUAGACUCAAAGAAACAUAAUUCAGAGAAGAGACAGGAUCUUGAGAAAGCUAAGCUUCAAGUCCUUGACUUAUCUCAGAUUCAUCACCUGAUAGAUAGUUCUAUUAUAGAUAACUUAUCAGUAAAGUCAAUACAACCAA